CUGCUUAUGGUUGCUGAGUGAUUGGUUAAACCGCAGACGGAGAAUAUGCGAAGCAUUAUUACGACAUUAUAAUAACACAACAGUGUUGACUUAGUUGGGCACUCCGCCCCCUGCUCUCCCCUCCGGCGAGGCGGGACCCACGAACACAUGAACCUCUGUCACUCUCACUGUCCUGACUUCGAACCUAUUCCCAUUAGUUCCCCCAUAUAUUUCUCAAGAGUAAAGCCGCCAUUUUUAUCAGCUCCUCUCAAGAAAUCGGACGACUUUGUAACGAAGAAAAUCUCAUGGGGUCGAUUGCAAAGAAGGGGUUGCAGCAGUACUUGCUUCAGCUUCAGCAUCAUCCGCUCAGAACCAAGGCAAUUACAGCGGGCGUUUUGUCGGCCUUCAGUGACAUAGUGUCUCAGAAGCUCACUGGCAUUCAGAAACUUCAGAUAAGACGGCUUCUUCUCAAAGUGCUUCUUGGAGCUGUUUAUCUUGGACCAUUUGGGCAUUUCCUGCAUACAAUACUAGAUAAGAUUUUCAAGGGGAAGAAGGAUUCAAAAACAGUAGCAAAGAAGGUAUUGGUGGAGCAGCUGACGGCUUCUCCAUGGAAUAACUUGGUUUUCAUGCUUUACUAUGGCUUGGUUGUGGAGGGAAGACCUUGGGUGCAAGUGAAAAGUAAAAUUAAGUCGGACUACCCAAAAGUGCAAUACACAUCGUGGACGUUCUGGCCUGUUCUGGGGUGGAUAAAUCACCAGUAUGUGCCACUUCACCUCCGCGUCAUCUUCCACAGCUUGGUCGCUUUUGGCUGGGGAAUUUUCCUAAAUUUACAGGCAAGAUCUGUGGCACUACCAAAGGCCAAGUGAAACCGACGAAAUUCUUGGAUUGGCCUCAGAUGAUAGUUGUCCCUAUGAGUUUUUCUAGUUAGCUCUUGAACAAUUAUGAACUCUAUAUGCUAGAUAUAAGUCAUGGAUCCCCGUUUUCAUGUAUGCUGGAUUAUUUUAGAAAAUAUUCUAAAUGAAUAAAGUGAGUGAUCUGUUUCGAUUA